AUGAGAAUCAAAUUACCAAAGAACUAUAAUAACACGGCAACGUUUUGUAAAACCGACGAGCAAGCCGCGGAAGAUGCUCAAAAGGAAAAAGAAAAUAGACGGCGUUCUCUUAAUGCUGCUAAUAUUUCUGGAAUAAAUACAAAGGAACUGCCACUGCUGUUGUUGCUCUCAAUGUGCGCUGAGCACUGUGGUGGGGUCCAUCUAAAGAGUGUUGGUAAUCACUUGUUUACUGUUAAAAAUAAUACAAUUGCUACUGUAUUCAGUACAUUGAGCACCGAGAAAAUUAAUUCCGAUGACACCCAUUGGGCUAGGGUGCAUCACUUUUUUGUGUGGAAAUACCUAAUCUCUUUUCAUUUUUAUACUUGUAAGCAGAGUAUUGCUGUGCACCUUGUGGUGUGUCUCACUCUGCAAUUGUGUGGUUCUGGUAAAUGA